AUGACAAUCAUAAAUAAUAUUUCCGCUCUUAAUGGUUCAAAUUGUAAUCCAAAUUCAAAACCAAUCAUUGACAAUAACUCUACUCAAUCAAAUAUUCAAGAUGUAAAUAAUAAUAGUAAUAAAAAAUACGAUGCUUGUACCCAACCUCAAAAUCAAUUAUAUGGUCAAGUAAUUGUCCCAGAUCGUAAAGAUCUCCCAUAUGAUUGUACAAUAUGUUAA